AUGACGCUAGAGAAAGGAAAUGAUACUACCGAAAUUCUUGGGAUCUAUGUAAAACCAGGAAAAGAACACAUUCAUGUGCUACACAACAAAUGUAAAAUUCUGAAACUUAUUGUCGAAAACGAGUUUGAAGAUACUUUCAAUGGUCCUAUAGCUUAUGACGUUGACCAAAGUUUCCUAUACGUUCAUAGAAAUGGAAAACUUCAUUACGCAAGGGAAUUCAAUGAACCUGGUCUUUUCGAUGCGUCAACACCAAAAGCGACACAAAAUAGGCAGUCCAAUUACAAUCGUAUAUCUGUCAAUGGUAAAUUUUACAUUGUUGGAAAGGCUAUCGGUAGUAAAGUUCAUCAAUUUUAUGCUGGCAAUUUCCACGAACCGAAACAGUAUUGUGUCGCUAAGACUGCCGACAAAAAUAUGGUAAUGGAAAUUUUGGUUCAACAACCGAGCGAAGCAUCUUUUUAUAAUGCCAUACGCAGCGGUGCCAAAUCACCGAUUGCAAAUGUCAAAUCAAGCGCUAGGAGAGAACCGAUAAAGGCAUCUGAUGCUUACUCUGUAACCACAGAAACCCCAUUAAUUUUGCUGCUAUUCUUUAACGUUAUUUCAAAACUUUUAAUUUAA